GCUUUGAACAGAACCACAUAACGUCGAGGGGCAAAGAUGCAGACAAACGUGCCGGUUAGGCUCCGCUAGACUUAUCAGCUGAAGUGCGAGGAAGAGGCAGGUUGUGCUUUCAGGGGCUUCUGUGUUCCGUUGAGGUGUGAGGGGGCAACGCGAGCGGCGCCAUGCUCCUCUCAGGUGGCACACUGUUUCUUGUGGCAGCCGUUUUGUCCAGCGUACACCAGAGCGGAGCUGAGGGAUGUUCUGGGUCAUCAUGUGGGAAGUGUGACUGCAGCGGUGUAAAGGGGGCAAAGGGUGAGAGAGGGUUUCCUGGCUUGCAAGGCAAUAUGGGAUUUCCAGGUAUGCAGGGGCAUGAGGGUCCUCCAGGGCCAAUGGGACCAAAGGGAGAUCUCGGCGAGCCUGGUGCCCCUGGAAUAAAAGGAGCACGUGGACCUCCUGGUGCCGCUGGUUUCCCAGGAAACCCCGGUCUGCCCGGUCUCCCAGGUCAAGAUGGCCCACCAGGACCAUCAGGUAUUCCAGGCUGCAAUGGAACAAAAGGGGAGAGAGGUAUUGAUGGAAUAUCAGGCUUACCAGGACUACAGGGACCACCAGGUAUUCCAGGUAUUCCAGGAAUGAAGGGAGAUCCCGGUGGUUUUAUUGGUGGUAUCCUUCCUCAGAAAGGAGAAAAAGGUUUUCAAGGACAGCCAGGAUUACCAGGAUCGCCUGGAAACCCUGGACCACAAGGACUACUCGGCCCACCUGGACCACCUGGGCUUAAAGGAUAUGCUGGUCCUCCUGGUCCUCCUGGUCCACCUGGAACACUAAUGUUUAUGGGUGCGAAGGGUGACAAGGGUGAACAAGGCCCCCGAGGUCCUCCAGGGCCUGCAGGAGCCCUGCAACCAUCAGUUGAACAUGCUGUGACACAUUAUGUACCUGGACCACCGGGGGAUAGAGGAGACAAAGGAGACAAAGGAGACAAAUGCUCAGUGUACGACGCAGGAAUCAAAGGGGAACCUGGACCUCCAGGGCCGCCAGGAAAAGCAGGAAAAGAUGGACAAGAUGGAGCUGAGGGUGGAAAAGGUGACCCUGGUUUUCCUGGUCACAAUGGCUUAAAAGGGGACAAGGGAGAGAGAGGACCACCAGGAUAUGGUGAUGGUGCACCUGGGCCUCCUGGUCCACCAGGCUUUCCUGGGCCACAAGGAGAGAGAGGCUACCCUGGGCAGCCUGGAGAUCCUGGUCCCCCAGGCAGGCACCUUGAAGGCCCUCCUGGAGAGAGAGGCUUCCCUGGAGAGAUUGGCCAGAAAGGAGACAAAGGUGUUGAUGGAGAGCCUCUGAGGGGACCUCCAGGAGCUGAUGGAGCUGCUGGUCCACCUGGACCUCCAGGACCACUAAGUGAACCGUGUAACAUAGAACGUGGGGAUCCAGGCCCCCCCGGACCUCCUGGGUUGCAAGGAGAAAUUGGACAGAAAGGUGACCAAGGAGACACUUGCACACAAUGUUCUGCAUUCGGGCCUCCAGGUUUACCUGGUGCUCCAGGACCAAAAGGACAGCAAGGUUUCCCUGGCCCUGCAGGCAGUAAAGGAGAAAAGGGUCAGCCUGGACCUGUUGGAGUUCCUGGAGACCCUGGUAGUGAUGGUUCCCCAGGUUUGAUGGGUGCUCCUGGGGCACAGGGAGCGCCUGGCGAUAUUUAUCUGGCACCACAUCUGAAGGGAGAGAAGGGCCUUUCUGGCCUCCCUGGCAGCAGGGGAUUACCUGGUAUAAAUGGACUUCCUGGGAAAGAUGGACGUCCUGGGCAGCCAGGACCUAAAGGAGAACCAGCCAGAGUAGGUAUUAAGGGAGAACGUGGUCCAGAUGGAGAUCCAGGUACCCCUGGACCUCCUGGUGAGAGGGGACCUCCAGGUCUGCCAGGGAUUGGUCGGCCAGGAGAGCCUGGAGAGAAAGGCAGUCCAGGACAACCUGGAGUGCCAGGAAGACAAGGAAUACCAGGCCCUAAAGGUGACCCUGGAAAAGGUGUGAGUUCACCAGGACCUCAGGGUCCGCCAGGACCCCGUGGAGAAAGUGGAAUACCAGGCCUUCAAGGUGAAAGGGGUCCUCCUGGUGAUCAAGGCUUGCCAGGAUUCCCAGGUCUGAAAGGUGACCCUGGUCUUCCAGGAAUUGGACUUCCCGGCCCACCAGGGCCAAAAGGAUACUCUGGUAUACCAGGCGCCCCCGGACUCCCUGGAGAGCCUGGUCGCCCAGGCCAGGAUGGCAUUCCUGGCAUUCCUGGAACAGCAGGACAAAAAGGUGAACCUGCUAUUGGCCUUCGAGGACCCAAGGGCUCUAUUGGACAACCAGGAGUGCCAGGGUUUCCAGGUGAAAAGGGUAAUGUAGGAAUGCCAGGAGUCCCUGGAACAGAAGGACACACUGGACCACCUGGUGCUCAAGGUGUAAAAGGUGAACGAGGACCUCCUGGAGCUCAUGGUUUGGCAGGACCACCUGGACCCCCAGGUCCUGGUGAGCCUGGACUACCUGGACCAAUGGGACCCACUGGAAAACCUGGUCCCUUUGGUCAAAUUGGUGAAAAGGGAGAGAAAGGUCUCCCAGGUCUCCCUGGUCCAGCAAUGCCUGGUCCUAAAGGUGAAAAAGGCACUCCUGGUUUACCUGGAUUCCCAGGACCUAAGGGGUUGCCAGGGGAGACUGGACAUCCUGGACAAGAUGGUAUGCCUGGUGAGAGAGGUCCUAAAGGAGAGAUGGGAAUAAUGGGAGCGCCUGGCUCACCUGGAUUCCAAGGUGGCCCAGGAGUCCCUGGUUCAGUUGGACCAAGAGGUGACCCUGGUUUCACUGGGCCUAGGGGAGAAUUUGGUGAACCAGGUCCCAAAGGGGAAAGAGGAGAACAAGGAGAACGUGGGCCACCUGGGAAUAUGACUGAAGUGGACAUGGAGAAUAUGAAAGGAGAAAAAGGAGAUACUGGAGACAGAGGUGAUCCUGGUCCCACAGGAGACAGAGGCUACCCAGGAGCGGAUGGAGAUCCUGGAAUGCCUGGAAAAGAUGGAAUGCCUGGUACACCAGGACAACCAGGUGAGAAAGGUGACCCUGGCGAUAUUGGGCAAUCUGGACCACCUGGUCAGCCUGGAAUAAAAGGCAGCAUAGGAGAAAUGGGAAUUCCAGGGGUAGGUGGGCCAAAGGGUUCCAAAGGUACAAGUGGGACACCUGGCCAUCAUGGGUUUAAGGGAACUGAAGGACCAAAAGGUGACAAGGGAGUUGCAGGUCUGCCAGGAAUAGGAAUCCCUGGCCUUCCUGGCGAGAAGGGUGAAAUAGGCCAACCCGGUUUCCCUGGGGAGUCGGGACAAAAGGGGGUAAAAGGUGCAAUGGGAAUCCCAGGAAGUCCAGGAAGUCCUGGACCGAAAGGAGAUAUAGGGCCCAUUGGUUAUCCAGGUAGCCCUGGUGUACCAGGAGAGAAAGGUGUUGUGGGGCUACCUGGGUCACCAGGAGAGUCUGGUUUUCCGGGACGGCCAGGUGAGCCUGGUCUACAGGGUCCACCAGGGCCACACGGAGAGAAAGGAGAUCCAGGAAUAGAUGGCAUUCCUGGAUCCUCCGGAGAGAGAGGUGAUCCAGGUGUACCUGGUAGAGGCUUUCCUGGAACGCCUGGACAGUUGGGAAUUAAAGGUGAUAGAGGCAACCCAGGUCUCCCUGGCACUCCUGGAAUCCCAGGUAUCCCUGGUACCAAAGGAGAGAAGGGCUUGCCAGGCUUAGAGGGAAUUCAGGGUCAACCUGGAGAAAGAGGACUACCAGGACCAUCCAUGCAGGGACCUAAAGGUGAUAGAGGAGCUCCAGGAGAGCCAGGAGAACCAGGACAGAUUGGUGCUCCAGGUCCAACAGGUGUUCCAGGAAGUCCUGGAGUGAAAGGAGAGAGGGGAAACCAGGGUUUCACGGGCCCUCAGGGUACUCAAGGUUUGAAAGGCGAUAAAGGUUUCACUGGACUUCCAGGUGAGCCUGGUUUACCAGGUUAUAAUGGACCAAAGGGUGAGAUGGGAAUUCAAGGUGUUCCUGGCUUCCCGGGAAUUAAAGGAGAACUUGGGCAUGUAGGUGUCAAGGGUGAGGCUGGUGACAGAGGAUUCCCUGGAGUUAAAGGUAAUGAAGGCCCACCUGGAACUCCUGGGACAAAUACUUUCAUAAAAGGAGAUAUUGGCUUCCCAGGACCACAGGGUCCAGCAGGUCUGCCUGGGGCUCAGGGAUACCCUGGAGCUAAAGGACAGCAAGGAUUGAUGGGUAUACAGGGUAUUAAAGGAGAGGAUGGGGAACCUGGGUACAAUGGGCUUCCUGGAGCUAAAGGAGAGCCUGGGCCUGUCGGACCUGCUGGACCCAGAGGAUAUCCAGGCCCCCCAGGUCCUGAUGGUAUCCCAGGUCAGGUAGGCCCUCCUGGCCCUUCCUCUAUGGACCAUGGCUUCCUUGUAACUCGCCACAGUCAGUCUGUAGAUGUGCCACUGUGUCCUCAAGGCACCACUCUAAUCUACGAUGGAUAUUCUCUCCUCUAUGUGCAAGGAAAUGAGCGAUCCCACGGCCAAGACCUGGGUACGGCUGGUAGCUGUCUACGAAAGUUCAGCCCCAUGCCUUUCCUUUUCUGCAACAUCAAUAAUGUGUGUAACUUUGCUUCUCGUAACGACUACUCCUACUGGCUCACCUCUCCUGAGCCCAUGCCAAUGAGCAUGGCACCUGUCACUGGCGACAGCAUCAAACCUUUUAUCAGCAGAUGUGCAGUGUGUGAGGCUCCUGCCAUGGUCAUUGCUGUGCACAGUCAGACUGUUGCAAUCCCACCCUGCCCUCAUGGUUGGAUCUCUCUCUGGAUUGGAUAUUCCUUUGUCAUGCACACCAGUGCGGGUGCUGAGGGUUCUGGUCAGGCUCUGGCCUCCCCCGGCUCCUGUCUGGAGGAGUUCCGCUCUGCUCCCUUCAUUGAAUGUCACGGCCGUGGCACCUGCAACUACUAUGCCAACUCCUACAGCUUCUGGCUGGCAACCAUCGAGGAUGAAGAGAUGUUUAGGAAACCUGUCCCCACUACGCUAAAGGCCGGGAAUCUGCGGACCCACAUCAGUCGGUGUCAAGUGUGUAUGAAGAGGACUUAGGCCAAAUCACACUUCUUCUUCAGCAUCUGGUUUUCAUGUUCCAGUUUUACAGAAGUAAAAAAAACAGCAUGGUGCUACUUUAGAGAGAGAGAAAAGGAGAGAGAGAAGAGGACCUAAAAAGUGUUCUUUCAGACUUUCAGUUCUUUCCUUCAGAAAAGCUAAUGGAACCACACAGGUGGAUGUCAGCCUUCUCUGGUCUGCGCUGAUGAGACCCUUUCUGGUGGCUCUUUUCCAUAUAGAACACUACACUAACAUCCUCACUAUGUUUCUUUAACAAAAAUGACACUUGUUUACAAUUGCACUGAGUACAUCUAAGUAAACAGGCUGUCAUUUUGGAAAAAAAGAGUUUUGUGAAUCAGGUGCUAUUGAAUACAAAUAUUAUAGUUGUUUUAUUGCUGUUUUUUUUGCCCAUGCCACUUAACAGCACGAAAUGUAAGUAUCCUGUUUAUCUUUUUUUUCAGGUUUUCAUUAUCAUAUACUAACUUCAGAGAUUUGGAUUUUUCUUUCUAAUACUACACCAUAAAUUAUGCUUGUCAGCAUCCUCUUAAUGUGGCCCAGAUGCCAGGGUGUAGACUGAGCUCUGUUGUAAAUAUAUAGCUUUGUUUAGUAAUUAACACUCAUCAGCAUAAUCUCUUCAGGUAAAUGCAUUUAAUUUUGUCAUAAUUAGUUAUUUAUGGAAACUAUAGAGACCAAGGGCGCUUUCCACACAUGGCCGUUUUUACUGUUCUGUUAACCAGGUCAUAAUAUAACUGACAGUUUGGUUAAGGCACAUAAUGUUGAGUUAUAUUAUUUAGCACUAUAUGCUUUUUUAAGCCCACAUCUGUGUGCAACUUCACAGCAUUUUUUUUUCUGUGUCUGGGGUAGAGCAGUGGGACAAAACAUGUUUACAUCCACAAGCAGUUUUAGUGUGUGGUGAGUUUGCUCUAUGUAUGUGCUUUUUGCUAUUGCUGUACUGCACAGUCAUAUCAUAAUGUCCCAAUCAGAUUUCAAACACUCUCACAUACAUGAACACUUCUGCAUUCGCCUCUAACCUGAAUUAUGUAGAUUUGCAAGCCCACUGCUCAGAGGCAACAGAGGCAGCCAUGCUUGCUUAAUUACCACUCAGCUCAAUAACUACCAAAUGACAAAAAGAUUUUUUUCAUAUAUCUGUUACACUGAUAAGGCUCCUAUAGAUUCCAGCACAAGUUUUCAGCACAUGUCGUCUGUCUGUGACCCAAACAUGUUAUUCAGAUCAUGCUACCCAGGAUGCUGUGCUGUCUUCGGUGUCAUUAUAGUGCUGGUCUCUGUGUCUCAAGGUUUUUUUGCUGUCUUAAGUGCCUGGUAAUUGAAUGCUAGACCAAAGAAUAUGCACACGUACACUUACCGUUUUUUUUAAAAACACUGAAUAUACUUGAUUUUGCAAGCUUUAAACUUUUCAAGAUACUCUUGUAUAUAAAGUCCAAGUAUUUUUUUUUCUAAAAUAUAUUCAGCUAAAACAAUGCCACUGUUUCAGCCAAAGUCAGAAAGUCAGGUGUAUUUAUGUAUUCGGAAAGUGCUUUAAAUAAAGUUGAAUGCCCAUUCACCUCUUCAUCCUGGUUUAUCCCACGCCAGCUGAUUGUACUCUUUCAUGUAAUGUCACUGGCCUCGCUUGGACGCUGUUGUAGCUUAGCACUGCUGAUGUUGCUUUCCCUGUGAAUGUUCCCAUGCAGUAUUAAAAGCACUUGCUUAGCAUUGAGAUUCAUGGAAGAAUACAGAGAUGGAAUGGGAUUUUUAAACACAGAUUUAAGUUUUGACCCCCCCCCCCCUGCUUCAGAUUUCUAGUUAGUUCACUACUUCAUGUCUCUGCCUCCUCUGUACAAAUCAUACAAUAAAACUGUUUGUAUAAGU